AUGGCCUAUAACGACCUACCCCAGACCGGCGGACGCGGUCCUUCGUCGGGGGUGGCAUGGACGACUGAUGGCCCAUCAUUACGCAUGGAGGAUGCCGUAGUCGAGACUGUUGUCACUCAUACUACCCGUACUACAACAUCAUUCCAGCCUAUCAGUCUUCCCCGCGUCUCGUCCCCGACGAAUCUCAGGCUCCCGGAUCAUCUUUCCUCUGAGACUUAUCCUUUGGCGGACCAACCAGCUCCUGCAGACCUCCGAAUAUUCACAAUGACUCUUGGUGGGAGGCGUGUGGUGGUGCAAGAUGACAGUGCCGGUGCCGUCGAGAGCGAGAUCUCAGGUCCAGGCUGGACCCGGAAGUUGGGUUCUUCUCGAGCCAUUCCUGUCCAGUCUUCUACCGAAGAAGUUGUCGACGAAGAGGUCGGCUUCCUUCAGGCUCUCAAUCAAACAAAGGGGAAAGAUAGGAAGAGGAACUUCUCUGCGGAGUCUGUCCGCGACGCUCCGACGCCCCCAAUCACGGGGGAUGAAGCUGCACGUCACAGUCCUCCGCGAAAGAAGGCCCGUGGGCUGGAGGAGAUCAAUAUUCCCCAUCACCAGAGUGGUCGAGCUCUGUUAUCACCUUUGCCCUCGCCAGACCAUGCCGCGGCAACCCUCGGCUCGUCUACACCCUCUUCCAUUUCUCCGCCCAAUCUCGGAUCGGGCUCUGAGCUUGCCGCUCUCUUUUCGCUUCCGUCGCUUGCUUCACACUUCGAUCAGCUCCCCGAUAGGCUCCAACAACACUUCCUCAUGCACCUUCUUCGACGAUCCCGCAUGCCUACUAUCCAGCGCAUAUCGAGCUUCAUCUCAAAUGUUCUACGCCGAGACUUCAUCACCCAGCUUCCUCACGAGGUUGCUAUCCACAUAUUGAGACACGUCGACGGCAAGAGUCUUGCGAACGCGUCGAGAGUGUGCAAGAGAUGGAAGAGAGUCAUAGACAAUGAGAGGGGUGUUUGGAAGCAGAGAUUGCUCGACGAAAAGCUGUGGAGUGGGUUUGGAACGGAAGAAUCCGAAGAGAUGCUCAUCCGGGAGCGAUACGAGGCGAUGGACCUUCACGAACAGUUUGUGGAGAGGAGCCAAUCCGACCACGAUGAUAGACUCUCGCCUCAAGCCAGCCGCCGCAGUCUUUCGGACCGACCCACCCCUCUGAAACACGUUUACCGCAGACGGUACCAGGAGCAGAGAGACUGGAUACAUACUAGGCCUGAGCAUAAUUCCUUCAUUGGCCACGGCACCAAUGUUGUGACUUGCCUUCAAUUCGACGAUGACAAGAUUGUCUCCGCUUCGGACGACUCCUCUAUAAACGUCUACAACACGAGCGACGGUCAGCUUCGCCGUCGUUUGGAUGGGCAUGAGGGAGGUGUGUGGACCCUUCAGUACAAGGGCAACACCCUUGUCAGUGGCAGUACGGAUAGGACGGUCCGGAUCUGGGAUCUAGAAGAACUUCGAAUGACCUACGUGUUCACCGGCCAUACGAGUACUGUCCGUUGCUUGCGUAUCGUGGACCCUGUUUGGGAAGAGGAGACGCAGUCUUAUCAACCCCCUGUCCCAAUGAUUGUGACUGGCUCUAGAGAUGCGACUUUGCGAGUGUGGAAGUUGCCUCAGAAGGACGACCCUUUGUAUGAAGGUUCUGUCAAUCCCGAGACAGCUGAACAGACUUCUUCCGAACAGAAUCCAUUCCAUGUUCAUCUAUUGGAGGGCCACUCUCUCGCUGUUCGGGCUAUUGCUACCCACGGAAGAAUUUGUGUUUCUGGGUCAUAUGACAUGUCCGUGCGAGUCUGGGAUAUCGUCACUGGCACUAGCUUGCACCAUUUAACCGGGCACGAGUCCAAAGUCUACAGCAUAGUGUACGACCCUUACCGUAAGAGAUGUGCUUCUGGUUCUAUGGACAACACUGUCAAGGUCUGGGAUGUUGUAUCUGGCGAGUGCCUCCACACUCUUCAGGGCCACACAUCACUUGUCGGUCUCCUCGGCCUAUCCCCCAAUUACCUUGUCUCCGCAGCAGCGGAUUCCUCACUCCGUAUCUGGGACCCCAGCUCGUGUGAAAUGGAGAACGUCCUGACCUCUACUGGCGGAGCCAUCACAUGUUUCCAGCAUGACGAGGUCAAAGUCGUCUCCGGGUCCGACGGUACUCUUAAACUUUGGGACAUCAAAACCGGCACGUUUGUCCGGGAUCUGGUUGUAGGCAUCAGCUCGGUGUGGCAAGUGGCUUUCAAUGGCAACCUGCUUGUCGCGGCUUCCAACCGCAACAGCCAAACGGUCUUUGAUGUCUUCCGCUUCGGGCAGCCGUCGGACCACCCGGUCGAUGACUCCUCGCUCGAUAACCUACAGCCUCCCAGGUGGGAGAGAUGGGCCAUCGAGGAGCGGAAGGCAGCUGAAAAGGCCAAAUGGGCCACCAAAUUGGUUCCCAGCAAAGGCCAUGGCAAAGGGUCUAGCAAGGGGAGAGAUAUCAUGCAGCCUGGCGGAAGCUCUUCGAUGGAUUGGGAUUUGCCAGCCAAGAGCCCUACGCGCCAGAAGGGCAGAAUGUGGUCAGGAUUCAGCACCAACGAUGAGACGACGCCCAUCCCACGAGAGCAAAGCCAUCCAUCAGCUUCUAUUGCACCCUUCGAUGAUGCUCCCGAGCAUAAUCCUGAUCAUUGGUUGAAUCCCAGCACCUCUUUCAACCCGUCGGCGCGAGAUGCCAGCCCUACCCCUGUGGCUGGAUCAAGCCGUGGUCGAUCGAGGGGAACUUCUUCCCGAUCAGCAGCGCAGGUGGCAGAAACCUCUCUGACCCAGGGCGAGGGCCGACGCAGCUCAAUAGCAACCGGUACGUCACAGGGUCGGGGAGGGGGUAGCUCUACGUCGUGGCUACCAGGGAACGUUGCGAGUAGUCGCUCCCAGUAUACCCUAGCUGCUCUAGACGAGAGCUUGGGAUCGGAUUUCGGUGGAAACGAGGAAGAGUUCUACGGAAUCGAGGAUGAUGGGGCAAUGGACGCCGACGAUCAGGUCAUGGAAGACUUUGGCGAGGAAGAGGAGUGA